AUGUGCAUCCUCCCGCUGCUAUGGCCCUUGGUGCUGGGGCUCAGCCUGGGAGAUGGCCCCCGGAUCCCCCUCACCUAUGAUGAGCUGGGGAGCACAGGGGGCGACCAUGAUGAAACACUGGGGUCCUGGGAGGGGACCCCUCACCCCGAACUGCGCAGCUUCUCCGGCCAGCUCUGGUCCAACCGCAGCGACGUCGUUGAGCUCCUCAACAGCUCUCGGGUGCUGCUGCUGGGCUGGGUGCCCACGAGGCUGGUGCCCAUGCUCUACGGGCUGACCAUGCUGGUCGGGCUCCCCACCAACGGCCUGGCACUGUGGGUGCUGGCCACGCGGGUGCCACGGCUGCCCUCCACCGUGCUGCUGAUGAACCUGGCAGCCGCCGACCUCCUGCUGGCCUUGAUGCUGCCGCUGCGUGUCGCCUACCACCUGCUGGGCCAGCACUGGCCCUUCGGCGAGGCCGCCUGCCGCCUGACCACGGCCGCGCUGUACGGCCACAUGUACGGCUCCGUGCUGCUGCUGGCAGCCAUCAGCCUGGACCGCUACCUCGGCGUGGUGCACCCGAUGCGGGCCCUCACCCUGCGAGGCUGGCGCCUGGCGGCCGGGCUCUGCACUGUGGCCUGGCUGGCGGCCGGCACCCUGGCGCUGCCCCUGGCGCUGCAGCAGCAGACCUUCCGGCUGUCGCGCUCCGACCACGUGCUGUGCCACGACGUGCUGCCCAUGGGCGCUCAGGCCUCCUACUGGCGGCCUGCCUUCAUCUGCCUGGCGGUGCUCGGCUGCUUCCUGCCGCUGCUGGCCAUGCUGCUGACCUACGGGGCCACCCUGUGCACGCUGGCGGCCGGCGGCCGGCGGUACGGGCACGCGCGGAGGCUGACUGUGCUGGUGCUGGCCUUGGCCAUGGCCUUCUUCGUGCCCAGCAACACGUUGCUACUGUUGCACUACUCGGACCCCAGCCCUGACGCCUGGGGGAACCUGUACGCCGCCUACGUGCCCAGCCUGGCGCUCAGCACCCUCAACAGCUGUGUGGACCCCUUCAUCUACUACUACGUGUCCGCCGAGUUCAGGGACAAGGUGCGGGAGGGGCUGCCAUGCUGGGCUCCAGGCGCCUCAACGGCCUCCAGGGAGGGGGGCACCCCGGGCAGCGGCACCCGGUCCACAUCACUCGUGUGA